CUCAGGCGCGGCACAGCAAAAUGUUAUAAUCCAGAUCCGUUUUUGCAUCCAACACAUAUUCGCAUUAUAGUUUUUGUUGCCGUGUCAGUCCAGUCCUGUGCGGUGACCAACGGCUUUUUUGGCAUUAAAGUGAAAGAGGAAAUCAAUGCAAGGCUACCAGCAAGAUAAAGAUAACACCAAUAUCAUAUGAUCCAACAGCAAUGAAUAACAUGCUUAAUGGUGGGGAGGAUAUAUAGAGGGGAGAGGGUUGGUCUGUUUUGGAUAAAAGAUUUGGUAUUCUUUGUUUGAGGGCGAAAACGACAGAAUUUGUUUGUAGUUUUGUAUAUAAAACGGUACUUGAAGAUAUACAAAAUUUGUAAACAUGAAAUUAUUUGUUCUUCUCGCUGCUCUCUUUGUGGGUGGCCAAGCAGUGUCAUUUUUCGAAUUAGUUCAAGAACAAUGGGGUUCCUUCAAAGUUACACAUAAGAAACAAUAUGGAAGUGAACUAGAAGAAAGGUUCCGUAUGAAAAUCUUCAUGGAAAAUGCACACAAAGUUGCCAAACAUAACAAACUGUAUGCUCUGGGACUUGUAUCAUACAAAUUAGACACCAAUAAAUAUGCUGACAUGUUAUCGCACGAAAUCAUCCAAACCCUGAACGGAUUCAACAAAACUAAACAGAGCGGCCUACGAGGCACAGAAGAGUAUGAUGGAUUCAGCUUCAUUCCUCCAGCAAAUGUAAAGCUUCCUGAAGAAGUUGAUUGGAGACAACAUGGUGCUGUAACCCCAGUCAAGGACCAAGGACACUGCGGAUCUUGCUGGUCCUUCAGUGCGACUGGGGCCCUGGAAGGACAACACUACCGCAAAACCGGCAAGUUGGUAUCUCUCUCCGAACAAAAUCUCGUUGACUGUUCCACCAAGUUUGGCAACAAUGGAUGCAACGGUGGAUUGAUGGACAACGCCUUUAGGUACAUCAAAGCUAACAAAGGUAUCGACACCGAAGAGGCUUACCCCUACGAUGGAAAGGAUGAAAAAUGCCACUACAAUCCUAGCGAAAGUAGUGUAUCCAUUUGUAAUUUUUCUACAGGAUUCACGGAUAUCGAAUCUGGCGAUGAAGAACAACUGAAGGCAGCCAUUGCCACUGUUGGACCAAUUUCGGUAGCCAUUGAUGCCAGCCACAUGGGAUUCCAAUUUUACAAAGAAGGAGUUUAUUCUGAUCCAGAAUGCAGCAGCACAGAGUUGGAUCAUGGUGUGUUAGCUGUAGGAUAUGGUACUGAUGAGAAUGGCCAGGAUUACUGGUUGAUCAAGAACUCUUGGGGGCCCAACUGGGGUGAUGAAGGUUACAUCAAGAUUGCCAGGAAUCGGAACAACAUGUGCGGAGUCGCUACACAAGCCAGCUACCCUCUAGUUUAAUCUUGAAAGUAGUUUCCGAAUAAUUGCGUUUAAUUUUUUAUUUGCUCUCUGUUUUGUAUAAAUCUAAGGUGUGUAGAUAUCUUAUAUUUGGAUGAAGUUCAAUGUUUUUAGUUAAUAUAGUUUUAAGUAUAAAUGCGGAUUUUCAUUUA